AUGGCAAACGAAUCUGUGGAUAAAAAAUCUGCCUUCUACAUUGAUGAACCGCCGAUUAACGCUGAUAUCGAAAGUUUCUUUGCUAAGUAUGCAUCGGUUCCACCAUCAGCACUGCGUGAGCACUUGACCACUGUCCGUGAUCGUGCUUGGCAACGACAUACGCAUCAAUGUCUCGGCUGUUGGAGGUUUCUAUUUCCUUCAGUCAAACUGAGUCCUAUUUACUCGGAAAUCGUUGCAAAAUGCAUAGAUGAUGGUGCAACAGUAAUUGAUUUUGGAUGUUGUCUCGGUCAGGAUAUUCGACAGCUUGUCUACGAUGGAGUACCGGUGGAACGAAUUCGUGGCUAUGAAUUGGAUCCAUUCUUCAUCGAACAAGGAUAUGAACUAUUUCGUGAUCAAGAAAUAAUGCAAGGAAAAAAGGUAUUCGCUCCUGGAAACAUACUUGACGAUCAACUUCUAAAUGAAAUCAAACCAGCUGACUAUGUCUACGUUGGUUCGUUCAUCCAUCUAUUUGACGUCAAGUCUCAGCCAGAUAUAUGUCGUCGACUCACUCGUAUAGCCAAACGAGCGAUUGCUGGUAGACAGGCAGGUGCCGUAGUGCCUGGCGAACACCCACGAACUUGGGAUAGUCUUGGUGGCAAACUUAUGCGUCAUUCUCCGGAAAGUUUUACGCAGAUGUGGAGUGAAGCAACGAAUGGAGAAUGGCAAGUGGAAAGCGCUACACUUCAAACAACGAACAACGGCAAUGACUCGCAUAAAGGACUUAUUUUUGUAGUGAGAAAACGUGGAGAUCAAUAA